GGCGCCUUGCAAGAAUACAGUUUGAAACAAGCGAUUUUUCGAUGGGCAGGAGGAAUCGAGAGAAGCAACGAGAGGACGAGAGAGUCGCCCGCUGACGCAUUGCUCCGCGCACGAGGUGCCUGGACAGAAAGAACCCGACGUGAUGCGUCGUCGGGGGCGGCGGGGGGGCUCAAAUUCCCAUGUCUUCGCUCGCAGUGAGGUGCAGUGACGUGAUCAUAGGGCUGCAUUUGACAUGUUCGUCGUCGAGACAUGAUCGGCCGUCGAAGACUGGGUCAACAUCCGCUCGAGUUGGAAUUUGACUCUUGAAUGGAGGGAAUGGAAGGAAUGGAAGGAAUCGGACCUCGCCUGCGAACGUAUGAAGUCUCAAUGGAUUCUUUCGUAUUUUUGUCAAGGUACAUUUUCUCGUCACUUAAUUUGAUCGCAUUCUUGGUGAGGAACACAAUCAGUCAAUCAUUCAAUCUAUCAGUCAGUGGGUGGUAUUCCGAGACGUGGGUAGAUCGAUUGGACGAUCAAUUGACAGGGCGGUAUGGGGAUUCAGGAGCUGCGGGAUUCCUUCAAUUUGAAACCCAAUCCCGAAGGAGGAGAGUAUGCAGAAUCGUUUCGAGAUGAUGCGAUCGUGCUCCGGAAAGAAACCCUUCCGUCGAGGUUUAAGGUGGGCCGGCCUGUAUGUACUGCAAUUUACUUCCUGUUGCCCACGGGAAGCGUGUCAAAAUUGCACCGAAUUCCGUCGGCCGAGGUGUGGCACUUCUAUGACGGCGAGCCGCUGACGGUCUUUGAGCUGAAUGGUGAGACCAAUGCGAUGAAGCACACGGUUUUGGGUCGAGAUAUUGCAGCAGGGCAGCUGCCUCAGUACGUCGUCCCACCCAACGUUUGGUUCGGCGCGUACCCCACGAGCGACUACCGAGUGGAUGUUGCAAGUGCAGCUGUGGAGAAACUUCCUGAUAGAUCAAAAGAGGAUCAUUACUCGUUCGUAGGUUGUACUGUGGCUCCUGCCUUCGAGUUCGUAGAUUUUGAGCUUGCCAAGCGCUCGGAGCUCGUCUCCUCCUUCCCUCAGGCUAAAGCCUUCAUCGAGCUUCUCACUGACGCCGAGUGAUUUGAGUGACUGACACACUGGCUCCUGUACAUAAUUUUUUCUGAAUAAAGCCGAUUACGACUUUUUAAAUUGAACGUUUGAAAUUCACAUUUAUCCCGUUCAAUUUUGUCCCUUUAUCGGCCGAGGACUCACCAUAUGUCGAG